CACAGACCAGCUGAGACAUCCUCUGGCCAGCCCUCAUGCUUCCCGCUCCGUGCAGGCCGCUCCUCCACCGCUGCUCACAGCAGGCGGCGGCCGUCGGCGCGGCGUCACGACGUCGCCGCCACCGUCCUCUCUGCAUACCAUCGGGACCGAUGCGCGCGUCGGCGGUGGCACAGCAGAGGAGGGCCGACGCGGUGGGCCGGAUGCCGCCGCUGGCGCACCGGGAGCUGAUGCUGGAGCUGGCGGGCGAGGCGGAGACGGCGCUGGGCGCGCGCCUUCUGCCGUCCGAGGUGCCCGCGGAUGUGGCGGAGUUCGGCAACGCCGCCGGGAACGCACUCGGCUCAGUGGACGUGCGCCGCGGCGUGCCCGGCUCGUCGGUCGACUUCACGCUCGAGGCCUGGUUCCACCGCCAGCUCCCAGGCGGCGGAGCCAUCGACAUCAGCUCCCUGAUUUUCGUCCUCAACGGCGCCACCGACGCGCCGCACUUCCUCAUGGAGUUCAUCCAGGGCGGCCCAACCUCGCUCGUCAUCCUCCUCGACCUCCUCCCGCGCAAGGACCUCCCGCUUCACCCAGAGUACAUCACCAAGUACUACGAGGCCACGGGCGUGGACGCGCACCGCCGGAGCAUCGAGCGGCUACCGCAGGUCCGGCCCUACGUCUCGCCCUUGCUGCUCGUGCGGAGCUUGUGGUCGCCCACGGCGGUCGUCGUGGACGUGCAGUGCGGUGAGGGAAGGGAGGCGGCGCUCGAGGAGAUCGUGCAAGGCCAGCUCGCGGCCUCAGCCAAGGAGGUUCUUGACGUCUGGCUGGAGCACUCCGCGGCGGCGGUGGAGAUGAGUGACGCAGAGAGGGAGAGCAUGGUGGCCAGGGAUAAGAUGAUCUCGGCUACGGAACUGGAGCUCAACCUAUCCGCCAACCUGCCGAGGAUGUUUGACGCCGACAUCGCCGCCAGGGUCGUUGCUGAGAUCCGCAAGGCGUUCUUAGGGCACUGAAAGUCUACUAGAGAUCAUCAUGCAUGGCUAUGUAAAGUGUAUACAGGUACAACGAGUCAACGACUAUAGACGUGCCAAAAGUACAGGGACUGCAUUUGUUUGGUGUCGGGGGAUGACCCCCGGUAGGCUAAGGUAUGGCCUAAUGACCAACUUAAAUCUUUAAUGUCAGCUUAUCAAAGUAA